GUAUCUGUGUCACUUCAGGGUGGAUGCAACGUAUAAAUACAAGCACGAGAACAGCAUUUCCAGACAGAGAGCAAGACGAGACAAGAGUGUUUACAGACGUGCUGAAUAUCUGAAAAUCUCAACAUGAGUAACCCACAACAACACCAGGGCUGCGGAGAUUCUGGCUCCAUGAGCACAGGAGAUGAAUGUGCACAGAAGCACGGAAAGGGCCAAGGCAAAGAAAAAGGGAAAUGUCAGCAAGGACAGCAAGGACAAGGUCAUGGUCAUGGGCACGAUCAUGGUCACAGUCAUGGAGGGGAUCAUGGGAAAAAGGGACCUGCAUGUGAGCAGCAAAAAGGAAAAAAGUGUUAAGGUCAUAACCUGAGACCAUGGUGGUCCAUGCAUGUUCUCAUGCUUUACAUAUUAAAAUUGGGUUUCAGCUCCAUAUUGUAUUCAAAUAAUGAAAUAAAUUAAAGCACUCUUAAAUGA